AUGAGGGAUAAGGAGGCGAGGCAUGGGGAGAUGAUGGAUGGGGAGGUGAGGGAUGGGGAGGUGAGGGAUGGGGAGGUGAGGGAUGGGGAGGUGAGGGAUGGGGAGGUGAGGGAUGGGGAGAUGAGGGAUGGGGAGGUGAGGGAUGGGGAGGUGAGGGAUGGGGAGGUGAGGGAUGGGGAGGUGAGGGAUGGGGAGGUGAGGGAUGGGGAGAUGAGGGAUGGGGAGGUGAGGGAUGGGGAGGUGAGGGAUGGGGAGGUGAGGGAUGGGGAGGUGAGGGAUGGGGUAGGCGCCGCGAUGGGCUUAGGGCAUUCUGGAGGGCAUUGUGCUGGCGCUGUGGACGGGAGCGUGAGGGCGCUGGGGUAG